GGUCGCCAAUACUGGGGUAUUCACCAUCUUUUCGGAACUCCGGGCAUCAGAGGUGUAAAGAAGUCGCCAAUAACGAGUAGGACCCGGUUGGGGGUGUCUCCUGUAUAGAAUGUCUUUAAAAAGGAGUCGCUUAUAUCGAAUGUCUUUUAAAAAGGAGUCGCUUAUACCGAGCGUCUUUUAAAAAAGUCUCCUAUAUCGAAUGUCUAAAAAAGUCCUAUAGCGAGCGUCUCUAAAAAACGAGUCGCUUAUAUCGAGCGUCUUUAAAUUCGAGUCUAAUUCCCUUCCUAUUUUCAGAUAUCUCAACAAUUCUCUCACGUCUUAAUGGCCUGGAACAGCAUGAUUAGCUCAAUUACAAUACUUUUACUUCCCCUAUUUGUCACAUUAAUAGCUCCAUACAAUUUAAUUCAUGAAUGGAGUAGAAUAUACAUAAUUAUAGGGAUAUUCCAAUUAAUAAUGAUGACAUUCUUUUUUAUUUUUUGUGAUACAAAGCCUAGGGAUUGGACAAUUACAAGUAAUAAUAUAACAACUAAUAGUAGUGAAGAAGAAGAAGAAACGAGUGAAUAA